AGCCAGGGCAGGAAGUCAUUUCGCCGCUGAAUACCCAGGGCCGCCGCAGAGGCAGAGCCUGCCCAGGGCUGCCCGCCUGCCCCAACUCGGCCUUGAAAGCCGCCAACAACCCUGAGGCUGCGGGGACGAACCCGCAGCGCUCCCCGACUUGCAAACCUCUUUCGUAGGUCUCGGUGUAGAGAGUUAAGCUGGGCAACCGGGGGCAAUAGGCACGCCAAUUCGACCUCCCCACCUUCUAAGGGUUAGUUGGGGUCUUCCACAUGCUCUCAGCAGUAUUCGUGCACUCCAGUACGUUCCUGGAGUUUGCUUGCCCCAUGUCUCCAAGUCUCCCUGGGACCCGGGUGCAGGCCAGAACCUGAAUAUUCUUCCUUUACUUCUUUUUAGUCCCCCUCUCGGGCGCACUGGGCCUUGCGCCCUUUUCCCCUCGCCUGUCCUGGAUGUACACGAAGUUCUGGGAUGAAAGAGAAGGUGUAUCGGAACUUCUCCCGGUUCCCAACUAGUUUACACGCAGCAGGCGCUUAAGGUGGUAUGGGUGGCAGUAAGAGUUCAAAGCUUUAUUUUAUUAACUACCUUAGUCUCUAGUCCCCUUUUUUCUCCCCGCCCACGAAAUGGUGCACUCUUCCUUUAAGACUAAAAUGGUGGCUUGCCAUGAUCAGAACUCCACUUCCGGUGGGGAGGGGGGCGGGACCCCAAUCCGCUCACGCCGGAAGUGGUUUGCGUUUUCAAGAUGGCGACUCCCUAUGUAACUGACGAGACCGGCGGGGUGGGAAUCGCCAAACCUCUCCCUUCUUUUUGACUUCACCCUUGGAUACCAUCAAGGCCAGAGGAUGGAACCAAGAUAACAUAAAAUAGGCAAGUACAUCGCCUCAACACAGAGACCUGACGGGACCUGGCGCAAGCAGCGGAGGGUGAAAGAAGGCUAUGUGCCCCAGGAGGAGGUCCCAGUGUGCGUGGUAUGAAAAUAAGUAUGUUAAGUUUUUCAAGAGUAAACCAGAGCUGCCUCCAGGGCUAAGCCCUGAGGCCACCACUCCUGUUACCCCAUCAAGACCUGAAGGUGGUGAACCAGGCCUCUCCAAGACAGCCAAACGCAACCUGAAGCGAAAGGAGAAAAGGCGGCAACAGCAGGAGAAAGGAGAGGCAGAGGCCUUGAGCCGGACUCUUGAUAAGGUGUCCCUGGGAGAGACAACCCAACUCCCCAGUGCUCCACAAAGCUCCCAGGUAGCCCCAACAGCUGCUUCUGAUCCACCUGAUUCAGCUGCCACCACCGAGAAAGCCAAGAAGAUAAAGAACCUAAAGAAAAAGCUUCGGCAGGUGGAAGAGCUACAACAGCGGAUCCAGGCUGGAGAAGUCAGUCAGCCCAGCAAAGAGCAGCUGGAGAAGCUAGCAAGGAGGAGGGCGCUGGAGGAGGAGCUAGAGGACUUAGAGCUAGGCCUGUGAGGCCUUUGGGAAUAGGGCAUGGACUGCAGAACAAACCAUGGGGCUUUCUGGGGUCCAGGGAAGUAUGGGCAGCAGCGGUCAGGAGGGGAACCCCUCAUACUGACUCACUUCCACCUCCUGCUGCCCAACUCCGCCCUCCAGGGCCUAGCCUCUCCCUCAUUCCUUCCCUUUUCUUCCAACUCCUAAUUUUGGGACUUUCUCCCUCUCCUUCCCAGUGUUCAAAAUCUCAGUGUCUACCCCAGGUACCUUUGCUGCUGAUCUGGGUGUCUCGUUUAAAAGAAAAUUGGGUGGGUGGGACUCUCCUGGAGAACUGAGGUGGAGGGUAGAGGGAGUACGCCCAAGUCUUGGAGUCUUGGUUUCUGUUCAGUGUUUGAGUUAUUUCCCUGUCUGUCCCUAGCCCCGCUCCCUCUCCCCUCUGUCCUUCUCCCUCUGUCUCUCUCUCUCUCUUUUUCUUUUUUUUUUUAAAGAACAAGAAUAAACUCAAGUAGACAUGUCUGGUUUUGUCUCUUUCUUUUCAGCUCCUAGUAGUUGUUUUAUCCCAUAAAUUUGGUGCAGGAAGACACAUGCUGGGAAUAAUAUUCCUUUUAAUUUAAAAAAAUUAUAAGAGUAUGACCAAAUUAGCAACUCUGAUUUCUGUACAUGACUGCUCAGAUAUCAGUAAAUAGGAAUUAGUCUUAGAAUCUAAUGAAACUUGUAACAGAUUUUUUUUGGUUCUUUUUAGAUAUACAUCACAGUAGAGUAUAUUUUGACAUUAUAUAUACAUGGAGCAUAACAUUCUAAUUAGGAUCACAUUCUUAUGGU